AUGCCGGUAGUUUCAAGAUUGUUCGGUAAUGGAUUAUCGAUCCACAAACCACUCCGAAUCUUCCUCAGGCACUGCCACAAGGAAGCCGUCAAUGUGAAGUGGGCCAGACCCGAGAAGGGCUGGACUAAGUUGAACUACGACGGCUCGUGCAAGUGUGAGACGGGAAAAUCGAGCAUUGGGGGCAUUUUCCGUGACCAUAACGCGAGUUUCUUGCUAGGGUAUGCCGAGUCGAUCGGUCAAAGCAGUAGCACACUGGCUGAGCUGGCGGCCCUCGUGAGGGGCCUUGAGAUAGUGUUGGAAAACGGGUGGAGCAACGUGUGGCUCGAGGGCGACUACAAGAGCAUGGCCGACAUAAUCACGAGAAAGAAGGGAGUGAUCAAGUGCGCGCAGGCGAACGCGCACUUGGCGCGCGUGAAAUCGAUGGUGCCGGAGAUCGAGAACUGCGCGUUCACGCACACUUAUAGGGAGGGGAACAGGGCCGCGGAUAAAUUCGCACAGAUGGGUCACAAGCUGACGAAGCCGCAGGUUUGGAGGCACGUUCCCCCGAACGAGGUUUUACGUAUCGUGAACGAGGAUGCGGAGGGAAAGACGUUCUUGCGCUCAAAAUUGAUUGCGCGUGGCUGA